UUCUGAGCGUUAAUAGGCGACAAAGAUCCCAGUAGUGUCCCCAAAGACCAGAACUGCUGUGGCUGCUUCCACUGCUACAGAGAUAAGGAAAUCGACACUAGAGACAGAAAGGAGAGAGAGAGAGAGACAGACAAGAGAGAGAGAGAAGAUGCCGGAGGAGAUCACGCCGAUAGAUAUCGCGAUGGAGGCGGCGUCGGGGCCCCACUUUUCCGGCCUCCGACUCGACGGCGGCCUCCUCUCCACCUCUCCUUCUCCCUCAACCCUGGCCGAUUCCAACUCUCCCAAACGCCCCUUCGUCAUUGGAGUUUCGGGAGGGACGGCUUCUGGUAAGACAACAGUGUGUGACAUGAUCAUUCAACAGCUUCAUGAUCAUCGGGUUGUUCUUGUCAAUCAGGAUUCAUUUUAUCGUGGCUUGACAGCUGAAGAAGCAGAACGUGUCCACGAAUAUAAUUUUGAUCAUCCUGAUGCUUUUGACACUGAGCAGCUUCUAGAGUGCGCGGAGAAACUCAGAUGUGGCCAAUGUGUCCAGGUUCCAAUAUAUGAUUUCAAAAAGCACCGCAGAAGUUCGGAGAGUUUCCGGCAGGUAAAUGCAUCUGAUGUGAUUAUCUUGGAGGGAAUUCUAGUUUUCCAUGACGCACGUGUUCGCAACUUGAUGAAUAUGAAGAUUUUCGUUGAUACAGAUGCUGAUGUGAGGCUUGCUCGUAGGAUAAGGCGUGAUACAGUUGAAAGGGGUAGGGACAUAGACUCUGUGCUUGAACAGUAUGCAAAGUUUGUGAAACCUGCUUUUGAUGAUUUUGUCCUGCCCUCAAAGAAGUACGCUGAUGUUAUAAUACCGCGGGGAGGUGAUAAUCAUGUUGCAAUUGAUUUAAUUGUCCAACAUAUCCGCACAAAACUUGGUCAGCAUGACCUCUGCAAAAUAUAUCCUAAUGUUUAUGUUAUUCAAUCAACAUUCCAGAUAAGGGGUAUGCAUACGCUGAUUCGGGAUUGUGACAUAUCAAAGCAUGAUUUUGUAUUUUAUUCGGACCGGCUUAUUCGUCUGGUUGUGGAGCAUGGCCUUGGCCAUUUACCCUUUACUGAGAAGCAAGUAGUUACUCCAACAGGGUCAGUGUAUACUGGGGUUGACUUUUGCAAGAAAUUAUGUGGAGUUUCCAUUAUUCGAAGUGGUGAAAGUAUGGAAAAUGCAUUGCGUGCUUGCUGCAAAGGAAUAAAAAUUGGAAAAAUUCUUAUCCACCGUGAUGGUGACAAUGGGAAGCAGCUUAUAUAUGAAAAACUCCCCAAGGAUAUUUCAGAACGCCAUGUCUUGCUUCUGGAUCCAGUUCUUGCUACGGGUAACUCUGCUAACCAAGCAAUUGAACUACUUAUACAAAAAGGAGUUCCAGAAUCCCACAUAAUAUUUCUGAAUCUCAUUUCUGCCCCUGAGGGAAUUCAAUGUGUUUGCAAACGGUUCCCAUCUCUGAAAAUCGUCACUUCAGAGAUCGAUGUUGCACUGAAUGAAGAGUUCCGUGUCGUACCGGGUAUGGGAGAGUUCGGUGAUCGGUAUUUUGGCACUGAUGAUUGAUGUUACCUCGUUGCGAAUUUACAAUUGAGUCCCGGGUGGAUCGAGACCGUGAUUUGAAUUAGAUCAUAUGCAGAGAGAUGAAAGAGUAUAGAUCAAUCUUGCAUUUUAGCGGGAAUCCUACUGUAUAACCUCUCAAUCUUGUUAUUUUUGUGGUGCAAGCACUUUUCUCUCAUUA